AUGUCUGCUGAACAAGCCCCAAAAAUCGAAGAAAUCCAAGAAGAAAUCCCACAAGGUGCUAAAGUUUCUGUUUUCUCAAAAAACGAAAAAAAAGCUAGAGAUGCUAUUGCUAAAUUAAACUUGAGAAAAGUUGAUGGUAUUUCAAGAGUUACUUUCAAAAGAAGAGGUAACCAAAUCUUUGCUAUUGAUUCACCAGAUGUUUUCAAAUCAGCUGCUGGUACCUACAUUGUUUUCGGUGAAGCUAAAUUAGAAGAUUUAACCCAAAGAUUACAAGAAGCUCAAGCUGGUGCUAACCCAGCUGGUCAUGAAGGUCACGAUCAUGAAGGUCAUGAUCACCCAGCUCCAAAAGAUCCAGCCUCAAUCACUGCUGAUUUAGAAGCUGCUGCUGCUAAAGGUCCAGCUGCUGCUGAAGAAGAUGAUGAUGCUGAAGUUGAUGAAACUGGUUUAAAAGCUGCUGAUAUUGAAUUAGUUAUUGAACAAACUGGUGCUUCAAGAGCUAAAGCUGCUAAAGCUUUGAAAAAACAUGACAGUGAUAUUGUCAAUGCUAUUAUGGAAUUAUCAUCAUAA